GAGGCCUUCUACUUCCCAGCUUUGAUAGCUUAUAUAGGUAGAUACAACGAGGAAGUCCGUCUCGCUGAGCGUCACAGAAAGUUUGAUGUUGAUGCGUUAAAACGCGCCGCUGCUCGAUCGCUGGAGAGAUCGGACACAAAUAUUAAGAGUCUAUCGAAGCUGGCAGAAGGAGGCUUCAAUCGUGUCCUACUGAUAACUAUGCUUGAUGAUACUCAGGCCCUUGCGCGAUUGCCAUAUCCCUCAACUAAGCCAAGGCAACUGACAGUCGCUAGCGAGGUGGCGACCCUGGCUCUCCUUCGGGGUUAUGGUAUUCCGGUGCCCCGUGUGUACGCAUACUCUACAGAUGCUAACAGUCCUGUUGGCUCCGAGUAUAUUAUCAUGGAGAAGCUACCAGGGCGACCACUUGGUGAUCGGUGGUUCGAUCUAUCUGAUCGUGAACGUCUAAAGGUGCUUCUGCAGCUUGUUCAGCUAGAAGCAAAGGUUCAUGCUAUUGAGCUUCCUGCAAGCGGGAAGCAUAUACUAUGCCAAGGACCUGCCAUUGGACUCACCCCGCAUUGUCAUCCCAGACUCGGAUUGCUGCAUCGGCCCUAGUACAGCUCUUGAAUGGUGGUUCGCAGAGCGUGCCUCGCUCCGCACUGAUCGCGGCCCUUGUAAGGAACCAAUCGAUGUUCUCCGAAAUCCUGCGUUGAAAGACGCAUAUGGCCGGCCGCGCUUCCCAUUUGAACGUGCAUAUCGCGAAUCCACGAAUUAUCGAUUGUCUGAUCCCAGUGAGCAUAUUGCGUCGCUGGAAUUCUACCUCAAGAUUGCUCCUGAACUGCUUCCACCGGACGAAUUCUUACGACCUGUCCUUCGCCACCCUGAUCUUCAGCCGAACAACAUUUUUGUCUCCGACGAUCUCGACAUUGUCGGAUUAAUUGACUGGCAACACGCAUCUGUGCUGCCAGUCUUUCUCGCUGCCGGGAUCCCGAAAUUCUUUCAGAACUACGACGACCCUGAAUCGCUUAAUUUCCGCCCGCCUCCUACCCCGGAUCUUGACGACAUGGACGAGGAAGAAAAAGCCGAGGCUCUUCAUGUUUUCAAGCGUCGCCAUACCCACUUCUUCUACUUGGCUUCCACGCAGCGUUUCAAUGGACCUCACUUCCGCGCCAUGGAUCAGGCUACGAACAUGCUUACGCGCCGCAUCUUUACUCACGCAGGCGAGCCCUGGGAGGGGAAUAACAUCCCACUCCAGGCCGACCUUGUUCUAAUCUCUAAAUGCUGGCACCGAUUUUCAACCAGCCCGUGUCCGAUAUCAUUCUCGACGACCAAGGCUGAUUCCAUCAUGCACUCACAAGGCGAGCAGGAAGAGGUUGAUCUCCAACUCAAACAGAUUCGCAAUAUUAUUGGCAUCGGCGUGGACGGUUGGACCCCUUUAGAAGAAUAUGAAGCCGCCUGUGCUCGUGCCCGUCAGGUAAAAAUCGAUGGUCUUGCUUCACUUGACACUGACCACGAGCGCGAAAUGACGAAGCGACACUGGCCGUUUGAUGACCAUAAUGAGGACGAGUAGCACCAUAGUCUUUUCGUUGUUGGACUACUGGAG